AAAAUAUUGAGAGGAAACGUCCGUGUCAGCCGCCGUACGCGCGUUUGAUGCGGGGCGUCUGCUGUGAGAGAUGAAAGCGGACGUUAAUGUGGCGUUUCCUGCGUGUUUUUAGCAAACUCGGGAGAUUUUUUGGGGGAGGCAAGCUGACUGGCUCCAGCGCGAUGAAGGGAGAGGCGGAAGUGAAGUCAUUUGACAGAGCGUCCAUGUUAUUAUUGUUAUUUUGGUAGCCCUGUGAUGAGACGGGCUGGGGAGCCGUUGGUCUCCGAGACACCGACCGUUAACGUUACCGCAGGCUGCCCCGGACCGACACGCCCUCACCACAACCACCACCCUACUGACCCGGAGACAGGGGCCUCGCUGACGGCUGGGUUGGGGGGGGAGGAGGGCGUGAGGACCCAGCUCCAGCUCGGCUCCUGCACUCCGGCAGACCAAAAAUAAAACGGCGACAAAAACAAUAACGACGUUCGUCUAACGGCUCUACUGGUGUCUAUGCGGCUUGUAGCAGAGACGUGCCGCCGCAGACAUGAACGGUAUCACCAAGGGCCGGUUCGAGGUGUUCUCAAACAGCGAUGAAGCCCCCAUUAAUAAGAAGCUCCCCAAAGAGCUUCUUCUUAGAAUAUUCUCCUAUCUAGAUGUGGUUACUCUCUGUAGGUGUGCCCAAGUAUCCAAGGCGUGGAAUGUACUGGCUCUAGAUGGCAGUAACUGGCAGAAGAUUGACUUGUUCAACUUCCAGACAGACAUAGAGGGGCGGGUGGUGGAGAACAUUUCAAAGCGUUGUGGAGGCUUCUUGAGGCAGCUGAGCCUCAGGGGCUGCCUGAGUGUGGGAGACGCCUCCAUGAAGACAUUUGCUCAGAACUGCAGAAACAUCGAAGUGUUGAACCUGAACGGCUGCACCAAGAUCACAGACAGCACUUGUCUCAGUCUCAGCAAGUUUUGCUCCAAACUCAAACAGCUGGAUCUCACCUCCUGUGUGUCCGUCAGCAACCACUCCCUCAAGGCCCUCAGUGAUGGCUGCAGAAUGCUGGAGAUGUUGAACCUGUCGUGGUGUGACCAGAUCACACGUGAUGGCAUUGAGGCUCUGGCUAGAGGCUGCAACGGUAUACGAGCACUGUUCCUCAGAGGCUGUACACAGCUGGAUGAUGGAGCAUUGAAACACCUUCAGAAACACUGCCCAGAACUCACCACCAUCAAUAUGCAGUCUUGCACACAAAUAACAGAUGAAGGUCUGGUCAAUCUGUGCCGAGGAUGCCACAAGCUACAGAUCCUUUGUGUGUCUGGCUGUAGUAACAUCACUGAUGCCUCCCUCACUGCUAUGGGACUCAACUGUCCCCGACUCAAGAUCCUUGAAGCUGCAAGAUGCUCCCAUGUUACAGACGCUGGGUUCACUGUCCUAGCCAGAAAUUGUCACGAGCUUGAAAAAAUGGACUUAGAAGAAUGUAUUUUGGUGACAGAUAACACCCUGGUUCAGCUGUCUAUCCACUGCCCUCUCCUGCAAGCACUGUCUCUGUCCCACUGCGAGCUGAUCACAGACGAUGGCAUCAGAGCUCUCAGCAGUAGUACCUGUGGCCAAGAGCGCCUCACAGUGGUGGAGCUGGACAACUGCCCCCUCAUCACAGACGUGACCCUGGAGCACCUGAAGAGCUGCCAUCGCCUGGAGCGCAUUGAGCUCUACGACUGUCAGCAAGUCACCAGGGCUGGCAUCAAACGCAUCCGGGCCCACCUUCCAGAGAUCAAGGUCCAUGCCUACUUUGCCCCAGUGACACCUCCUCCCUCUGUACAUGGAGGUGGUCAGCGUCUGUGCCGCUGCUGCAUCAUCCUCUGACAGUGGAGGGCCAGGGGGGGCCACCUCUGUCUACAGGUCCUGCUGCUCUGAUAUGGGCUGAAAUGGGGUGGGGUGGGAUGUGGGGGGAGCGGACUCGGGUAGGUGUAGGGGAGAGGAGGGGCUGGACCCACUCACUGCUCCUGAUCACUGAUCAAUACAUAGACUGAUCACCACUUAUCCCUGAUCAGUUGAACCCGCCCCUCCUCUCUCCUCUUGCUCACCAGUCAGCAUUGCAGCUACCCCGGGUUUUGGCUUAGAGGGGUAGGUGGAAAGAACACUGAUGGAUGGACUCUCUUUUUCUCUCUCUGUCUCAUGCUGUCUUUCUUGCUGUAAAGACAAAAACAGGUUCUCCGCUCCAUUCUGCUUUUCACACCCCCGACUCCCCACAUGUGGGCAUAUAGGUUUGCAUCUGGACAGCUGCAGGUGUGUGUGUGUGUGUGUGUGUGUGUGUGUGUGUGUGUGUGUGUGUGUGUGUGUGUGUGUGUGUGAGGGGGG